AUGUUUGAAAGUAUAUGUAAUGAUAAACUAUUGGAUAAACAAAUUGUAUGGUUUACUACCAGACCAUCAUUGAGCUCAUGUAUGCUGAAUACAUGGUUCGUAUGGAUACCCAGUCUGUUCGUGUGGUUAUACAUACCGUACAUGUUAUACAAAUAUAAUAGUAGUAUACGUAUGGAUAGCAAUAAAAAUGUAAUCAAAUGGAACUUAUAUAACACCAGUAGAUUGUUUGUGGCCAUUGCCAGCACUGGUAUCCUAAUAUCAAUGUUAGCAUUGAGUUUGUGCCGCAAAUAUCAAUGGUCGGACAGUCCCAGUACGGCAUACAUUAUAGCCGUUGCCAUUCAAACCAUUACAAGACUAGAGCUUUGUUUUGUGUUUUUCAUUCACCAAUUAUCAGGUAUUACGACCAGUGGUUGGAUUUGGUUAUACCUAUUAUUGGAUACUAUUUUAAGUGGUCUAUCACUGGCUACAUAUGCCACUCAUAAUAUGCUAGAAAAUUAUGAAUUCAUACUCUAUUGUAUAAAUUUUGUACUAACUGUCUGUCUAUUAAUCUACUGUACAUUUGCCGAUCAAUUGCCACUAGAAAAUUGCAACAACUUUUAUACCGAUACUGACUCCGACUUAUGGACUAAACAUACUGUUUGUCCCAAAUCGGGCGCAUCCUAUGCAUCGCGUAUAACCUAUCAGUGGGUAAAUCGGCUACUAUUGAAAGGUUGGCUAAACAAGUCACUAGUAUUUGACGAUCUAUGGGCACUGCGCCGGGAGGACAGUACUCUCUAUAAUUAUAAUCGUUUUUUGAAACAAUGUUUAAUGAUUAAGUUUAUUGAAGAUCCCGGUGCUCCCCAAUGGCACGGCUAUGUCUAUACUAUACUAUUGUUGGCCAUCAAUGUUAUCGCUGCCAUUGUUCAGGCAAUGUUUAGCGAGUAUAUCGGUUCAACAUGUUUACGUAUUAAAUCGUGUCUAACAUCAGCCGUCUAUCGCAAGUCACUAGUGCUGAGUAAUAGUGCCAAACGGCGCACACCUACCGGUGAAAUAGUCAACAUUAUGGCCAUUGAUUGCCAACGAAUUAGCGAUGAAACCGUAAAUCUGAUUACAAUACUAUCAAAUCCUAUUCAACUCAUAAUAGCCGUCUAUCUGUUAUACCUACAAUUAGGUGUGGCCACAUUUGUCGGCCUAUCCUAUAUGUUGGUAUCGCUUAUCAUCAAUGUUUUAGUCGGUUUAUAUACUGUACUAUUGACUAACCAAUUGAUGUCAAUCAAAGACAAACGUCAAAACUUGAUGAACGAAAUACUUAACGGAAUUAAAAUUUUAAAAUUGUAUGCCUGGGAGGAGGCGUUUAUGGGUUUAGUUGAAAAAAUUAGGACCAAAGAGUUGGACAAAUUUGUUAGAUUUGGCCAAUCGAUUACCGUUUAUAUUGUAUUAAGUUUUACCAGUCCAUUAAUUUUCCAAUUGAUAACCUAUUGUACGUAUGUGGCCAUCAAUCAGGGUGACCAACUGCACCAAAUAAAUGCAUCAAAAAUAUUUGUAUCGCUGGCAUUGUUUAAUUUGGUCAGGCAGAUAAUGUUUACAUUGCCAAUAACGUUUAAUGCAAUUACAUUGAUUUUACAUAAUAUUAAUCUCAAAGUAAUUGAUGGACAGUUUGUGGCAAUAGUAGGCAGUGUCGGGUCCGGUAAGAGUUCAUUGAUGUCGGCCCUGUUUGGCGAUAUGAAUCUGAUAAGUGACGGUAAGGGUAGAGUCAACAUUAGGUCUGGUAUUAGUAUAGCUUAUGUACCACAACAGGCCUGGAUAUUGAACUGUACGAUCAAAGAGAAUAUAUUGUUUGGUAAACCCAUGAACAGGGAACUGUAUGAUCAGGUGCUCGACAUGUGUGCACUCAUAGAGGACUUACUACAGCUGCCAGACGGCGAUCAGACAGUGAUCGGCGAAAAGGGUGUUAAUCUGAGUGGCGGUCAAAAACAAAGAGUCAGUUUAGCCCGAGCUGUCUAUUCCGGUGCCGAUCUAUACUUACUCGACGAUCCACUUUCUGCUGUGGACAGUCAUGUGGCCAAAACAAUUGUCAGAAAAGUACUCGACUCGAGAACCGGUAUUCUCAACAAUAAAACCCGUUUAUUAGUAACAAAUCAAUUGUUUGUAUUACCCGAUGUCGACCUAAUUGUUGUCAUAAAAGACGGCAUAAUUACAAGUCUUUACAUGAAAUAUGCCAAACAUUUAGGUCCGUACUGUUCACUGGGUUUCCUAUUGUCAAUAAUCACAUACAAUGGCCUACUGUUUGGUUCAUCGUUUUGGUUAUCAAUAUUUAGCAACAAUAUUGACAUCAAUACCAGUAGUAGCCAACAAUCAUCGGCUAAUACUACUACUACUACUACUAACGACUACUACUAUUAUUUGGCCAUUUUUAGUAUCUUUGUCGGCGCUACUAUUGUUACAACAUUGACCAGCCGUUUGUUUAUUGUCUACGGUAUACGUCGGGCCUCCACUCGUCUACACCGGCAACUGUUGUCGAGUGUAAUGCAUUCACCGAUGAAUUACUUCGAUAGGACACCAAUCGGCCGACUGAUGAACCGAUUUGGUAACGACACCGAUGUUAUGGAUCGAUCGCUACUGUUUACUAUCAAUUUAGAGUCGACUACACGAUCGCCAAUAUAUUCACAUUUUGGUCAAACAUUGGCCGGUUUGUCCAGCAUUAGGCCUACAAGUGUAUCGAUCGCAAACAGUUGUCUACAGAUUUGGUUGACAUCACUCAGCAAUUGUCUGUUAUUUUUUGCCGCACUGUUUGCCGUACUGGGGAAAGGCAGUCUAACCGGCAGCGAUAUAGGACUAUCCCUAUCCUAUGCACUGUCGUUGACACUAAUUUUAGACCAGUUUAUCAAAUCGUUUUCACAGUUGGAAAACAAUAUGGUUUCAGUCGAACGUAUUGACGAAUACUGUCGAUUGGAAAGUGAAUCCGAUUGGCAUCGAUGUGAUGAUGACUACCCGUUAGCCGAUAACUGGCCCGACAGGGGAUCCGUUAGGUUUGAGGGUUAUGCCACCAGAUAUUGGAUUGGAUUGGAUUUGAUACUCAAUGAUAUUGAUGUCAAUAUUAAACCGGGAGAAAAGAUAGGUAUUGUUGGCCGAACCGGUGCUGGAAAGUCAUCGCUAACUUUGGCUCUGUUUAGGCUCAUUGAACCAGCAAUGGGUCGGAUAGUCAUUGAUGGCAUAGAUAUCGGACGGUUAGGUCUACACGAGUUGCGCUCUCGGCUAACAAUUAUACCUCAAGAACCCAUACUAUUUUCGGGUACAAUUCGCUUCAAUUUGGAUCCGUUUGGCCAGUUUUCCGACGAUCACUUGUGGACAGUGUUAGAUCAGUCGCAUCUCAAAGAAUUUGUUGCCGCCAAUGAUCGGGGACUCGACUGGUCGGUCGCCGAAUCGGGUGAUAACAUGAGUGUUGGUCAACGACAGCUCAUAUGUCUGGCACGGGCUCUGUUACGUAACACUCAUAUCCUUAUCCUCGAUGAGGCCACGGCUACUGUCGACAUCGAAACCGAUGCACUCAUACAGCAAACCAUACGUCAAGAGUUUAGUUCGUCGACUGUCCUAACGAUUGCCCACCGAAUCAAUACAAUUAUGGACUCCGAUCGGGUGUUAGUCCUCGACAGCGGACGGGUAGCCGAGUUUGCCGAACCCGACAGUUUGCUGGCAAACAAAUUGUCAAUUUUUUAUACACUGGCCAGUGAUGCCG